GUCCGUCAGACCGGCCCGCCUCGAGCCCGGAGAGGAGACGGGGUAGUAAUCAUAUAACGGCAGAAUAGAUCAAACUUUUGCAAUAUUAACUUUAUUCGAUCACAACCUUAUUUUAUCCAGGGCUUCGUUUUAUUUUAUCACAUUUUGUUCGCUAUCUUAUUUGAUUAAAACCUUGUUUGAUCGUAGCUUUAUUGAUUCCUUAUCGGUCGACAUGAAGGCAGUCAGUCCGCUGCGGUCGAGACCCGGCAGCGGGGGUCUGCUCCCGGGGAGGAGGACCCGGGGCAAGAGCCCGGUGCUCCCGGAGGAGGGGCUGUCCGACAUGGAGCGCUGCUACCGGCUCCUGCGGGCCAUGGUCCCGGGUCUCCGGCCGGACCGGAGCCUCAGCCGGGUGGACCUCCUCCAGCACGUCAUAGACUACAUCCUGGACCUGCAGACGGCGCUGGAGCCCGGACCCACGGCCGGUAGCCCCCAGACCCAGAACCUCCGGGACCAAGAGGACCCCCCGUGGAGCCCGCGGUCCGCAGCCCCUUCCGAAGUCCGCGCGCUCACCUUCCAGUUGGAACCCUGACCUCCGACCCGACUGGCGGGCCUGCUCCACCAGGGAGGCGGGACUACAGGCCCCCCGGGGCGGGUGCUGAUCCGACGCUAGUGGGUUAGGUGGUCCAGCGGACCGCUGUUCUCCACCGGGAGUCAGUUGGACCCACCUUGGACCGUACAGGACGCGCCAGACUCUAAACCGGCGUAACGUUGGUCCCCUCCGGCUCCGGACCUGUAACUGGUUUCUGUAUUCUACUGGUUUUAUUGGGACUAACUGAACAUUACUGGCCUGCUGCAGGGUGGCCUGCGUUGCACUUUUAUACAAAUACACGAUAAUGUAGCAUUAAAUAUUAAAGUAUGUUUUGAGGAAUGCAUAUAUAUUAUAUGAACGGUGCCGUUUUGAUAAGUGGACUAAAGACUCUGAAUGGAAUCAAGUUAUAUUGUUAAUUAGCCGAAUAUUAACGGACUUAUUUUGAACUUGCUCUGUGGUGACAUCUUGCGGCGGUGGUCGGUCAUCGCUGGUUAAAAGAUGUACCUGGUUUGACAGUUUAAAUUUUUCAACUCUGCUUCUUUAAGUAGACCUACCUUAAGUUUUGACCAGCAAACUAUCCCUUAAAUCUACUGUUUGUUUUCUUUGGAUAAAUGAUUCUGCAAAAUUACUAAAUGUUCAACUCCAAAUAGAUGGCAUAUCUUUAAGAAAAAAAUACAAGACUUAUAACAGUUUC